AACGGGAGCAUUUCCUACCGCAACGCUGCCGUCGGCAGUGCGACCCCUAUUGCUGCUUCCUCGCCGCGGCGCGGGCCAAACAACGGCACGAUCAUGCGGCCGGUGGGCCCCAGCAACAAGGCCGGGCAGGCAGCGUCUGCUCAGGGAGGUCCCGCUGCGCACCACCUGAGCAGCAAGGGCUCUGGCGGGCAGCCCCCAGUCAGCCCCAGUGCAGGCGCGGUGCCGAAUGACCAGCCGCUCGCCCGCGGCGGAAGCAGCAAUGACGUGGCGUCCAGCUCGGACGGUCAGUACGGCCUGGGAUAUGGCAUGGCGCAGUCCCAGCCGCAGCAGGGCUACUCCACUCCACUCGUGUCAAAGAGGCCGGACCAGCCAGCGAAUGUGGAGAGUCCCGGGCUGGAUGACUUUGCGCACAUGGGGCUCAUCACAGACCUCCUGGAAUGAAAUUACAGUAUGGGGACUGCAGACUGACUUUUUAGACGGCUACCAGGGCCAACGCGUACCAUGAGCCUCCUAUGGAUGGAGUUCUCAGUGAUGCCGCAAUGUUUCAGAUGUGUUCGCCCGCUCAUAUAGAGCCGGCAUUGUAAAUGAUUGCCUCCUGUUCUGUUGUACGUUGGUCCACAUGCAUUGUCCAAAUCCAUAUGGAGAUUUGAGUUUUGGCUGAUGUCUUGUAUGCUUUCCACUUGAGUGAGAAGCUCACCGCCAUGAUAUCAGAGACCCAGUGUUGCAGUGGAGAAGAUAACCUGUAAAAGUGUUGCAU